UUUUUUAGGUUUUAUAAUUUUUAUAAACGGUUUAUAAAGGACUAUAAAUACCUAGCUAAGCUAUUAAUAAAGCUAAUUAAUAAAAGUAUUCCCUUUCAAUUUAAGAUAGAUUAUAAUAAUAUAUUUAAAAUAUUAAAGCUAGCUUUUAUAACGGUACUUAUAUUCUACUAUUCUAAACUAGAACUACCUAUAUAUUUAAAAACUAAUAUAUUGGAUUUAAUAUAUACCGGGGCCCUAUACCCUAUUACGUUCUAUUUAAAGACUAUAAAUAGUAUAGAGCUUAAUUAUAUUAUAUAUAAUAAAAAGAUAUUAAUAAUAGUAAUUUAUUUAGAAAAGUAA